AUGGCGACCUACAAGCAACGAAGAACCCAAGAAAUGUCAAAGGAGCACCCUGCUUCUGCUUCUGCUCCUGCUCCAGCUACCAGCAGCAAGUUCUUGUUGGAGCCUGUGUCGGCCUAUACCACUGGCAGCAGGUUCUUUCUGGAGCCAACCAAAGGAAGUUCCAGGCAGCACCUAUCCACCUUGAUUCUCAUGGCACUGGGUAUCGCUGCCACGCUUCGCCUCUUUUUUCACCAACUCCAUUGCGAUGAUUCCAUCUUGCUGCGCAACCUUGCUAGCAGGUCAUCCGAAGAAUCUUGUGUUUUGCCACCUCUCCCUCCCAUUCAGACACGCCAAGACAUCGCACUGGUGUUGGAGCAGAUGAAUUUCACCACAGGUAUUGAAAUUGGAGUCCAACAAGGAUUAUUUGCUGAAUACAACCUCAAAUUUUGGCCAUCAUGUCGAAAGUACAAACUUGUGGACCUUUGGAAACAACAACCGAACUACUUUGAUUCAGCCAAUUUGGAUAACUUAGUGCAUGAGACCUUUUACCAGGCAACCAAGGAACGUCUCAAGCCAUGGGAGGGAUUUACAGAAUACUACCGAAUGUACUCCAGUGAAGCUGCCAAACUCAUUGCCAAGGAGGGUGAACAGGUGGAUUUUGUCUAUGUGGAUGCCAGGCAUGAUUACUGUGGUUGCAAGGAAGAUAUUGAAAUGUACUGGCCUUUGGUCAAGCCAGGAGGGAUCCUUGCUGGACAUGAUUUCAUGGCAAAUUAUGAAGUUGCACCACAGGACUGGUCGGUUUGUAUGGAUGGUUCAAUUCAUCCUGAAGCAGUCAAAGGUGCAGUCAUGGAGUUUGCGAACAAACACAACCUGCCAGUGGGAGUGACAUACAGAGAAACCCAUUGGAACUCUUGGUGGAUUCGCAAGCCACUUUGCUGA